AUGAGUCCCAGCAUCAAUACUGAGGCCAGCCAGCCUCUCCCUGCUAGGUCCACUGUGGCCCAGAGAAAACAAGCCAACGAACUGAGAAAGACUCUUAAACCCUUGUUGGAGAAGAGAAGACGUGCUCGUAUCAACGACAGUCUGAGCCAUUUGAAAAGCCUGAUUCUCCCUCUGGUUGGCAAAGAUAACGCUCGCUACUCCAAGCUGGAGAAAGCUGAUAUUCUGGAAAUGACCGUCCGUUUCCUCAGAGACCUUCCUUCCACUCCCGUUAAAGACUCCGCAGACAGCUACAGAGAAGGUUACAAAGCCUGCCUCCAGCGCGUCUCCACUCUGCUGCCCAAAACCAGCCUGGAUCAAGAAGCCUGUCAGCGCGUCAACGACUUCGUCCAGCAGUCCAUGUCCACCAGCGUCACCCCAACCUGCCUGAACUGCUGCGCUCAGAGCUCCAAGACGUUCCCUCAGAUCCAGCAGAGACUCUUGAGCCUCAAAUCCAGCUUCAACUCCAGACUGGAGAGCCAGUCCCGCAGCAGCAGCAGCAGCAGCGGAGCAGUGGCUCCCAGCAGAGCGCAGUCAGGUCCUCAGGCUGUCAGCGCAGCCAUGUGGAGACCCUGGUAG